AUGCCCGCCCGUGCCCUGCUGCUGCGGCAGUCGCAGUUCCUGGCCCGGCGGACCGCCAUCAGACACGCCUCCUCCACCUCCGAGGCCGCCAACAAGGCCAGCCAGACUGCCUCCUCAGCGGCUUCCAAGGCCCAGGAGGGUCUGUCCAAGGUCACUGCUGCGGCCGGCCCUGCCGUGUCCAAUGCUGCGUCGGCCCUGAGGAAGGUCGGUGGGCCAGUCGGCAAGGUCGUCGGUUUCGUUGACUCCAUGAUCCCCCCUACGAUUUACUACUCGAGAGUCGGCAUUGAACUCGCCCGCCUGGUCUUCCGCGGUCAGCGCAUGACUCCUCCCAACCUGGCCACCUUCCAGUCCUACUUCCAGCCCUUGAUCAACGCCACUCGCAACCCCGCCAACCUCAAGAGCAUCAACCUGCCCUCUCCCCAGAGCCUGCUGGCGCGCGUGCGCAACGCCAACAAGAAGGAGAUCGCCCUGGCUGGUGUCACCGCCGCAGAGGUCAUUGGUUUCUUCACGAUCGGUGAGAUGGUCGGCCGCAUGAACAUUGUCGGAUACCGAGGCGAGCCUGUGCACGAACACUAG